AAACAAUUUGAAAACCGUCUCGAAAUUCAAGUGAGCUUUCAACUUCCAACGACUCCGAUCCGAACGCGAACACAAGAGAACCGUGGGUGGGCAACGGACACGGCGCCAGUUGAUGGGUGUGGACCCAACUAUGUCCUCGCAGCAAAUUCUCAAGCAAUUAUCCAAUCACAUCCUCUUUCGGAGCAUGCACUACGCCUUCAUUGCGCUGCAGCUGCGCGACGAGCUGGCCAAGAGCUCAGCUGGGGAGCGCAGCUGCCUGGAGAUGCGACCCUUUGUGCUCUGGCUAACCCAUAUAUUGGUAUCCUAUUCGGGCGAUAUACUGGUCAAUCUGUUGCUUGGCACAUUGCCUCUGGAGCCGCUCAGCAAUUACCACGAUGUUAUGCUGAGCACAUUCGCCUGGUAUAUCAUCUUCUACAGUCCGUUUGAUGUGGCGCACUCUGUGGCACGCACUAUGCCAUUUCGCUGCCUCGCGACACCUGUCGCCGCGCUCAGCCAGGUGCUGCACAUCGAACGGGGCGUACAUCUGGCCAGCAAGGUGUAUGGCAAAAAUUCGCUAGUGCCUGUCAUAAUUAUUGGCACGGUGAUUGGAAGUGGCGCCGAGUUCCUGAAGCCCGUGGCCGCGCUGCUCAUCAAUCGAUGCCAGAUGAAACCCGCUGCCUAUAUUAAGCUGAGCACCAACUCCAAGCUGGCGAUCGCCAUCUCCUGGCUCUACCUGCUCCAGCUAAACGGUAGCCAGCUGGUGUUUGGACUCUGCCGAUGCCAGCUGCAGCUUUACGCGCUGCUCGCGCUCAUGUGCUUCAAGUUUCUGGCCCUGUUCUAUCGUCUGGAUCAUCUAAUCUGGCGGCUGGAGAAUCGCCUGUGCUAUGCCCUUUUUGGUGGCCUCUAUGCGGACUUGACCAAGUUUUUCAAACGACAACCAAUACCUAAACGCGGGUCGUUUACAAAAUUUGAUUGAACCUGCAUAGAUCGCUAUAUAUCAUAUAUAUCUAUAUAUAUAUAUGGAGACAGGCAUUCGAGUGGACCGAGGCGGGGCAUGCCGCCAUCCAUCCGGCUACUAAGCGGCUUAAGUUACCCACGGUGCGCAUUCAAUCGGCAGAUGUUUCGCUUCGUUAGCCCAGCCCCAGUCCCAGUGACAGCUCCGAUUACAUCGGAUCCUAAGCGCUAAUCGGCUUAGAAACAAGCAGGAAUCGGCGGGCGUGGCCGCUGCGCAAAAACGGGUUUAAUAUAUGUGGUACUCCAUGUGUGCGUGCUUGUAUGUAUGUGUGUUUGCGUGUAUUUAUGUGAAUGUCCGUGUGUGUUUGCGUGUGUGUGUAUGUGUGUGCGUGUGUGUGUAUGGGUGUGCGUGCGUAGUUUGGUUGUAUCAGUACUGCGGCGAGAAUUGUUUCGAAAUAAAACAAAUCUAU